CUCUCACACAACGUGUUGAUCGGGCAGCGAGACCCGGGGGGUUGCAUUCCGGUGCUGCGGGGUGGCUGCUAGGUUGUUGCCGCCUGGCAGCGUGUGUGUGCGUCUCUGUGUGUCUGUGUGAGAGUGUGUGUGUGUGUGUGGCAACACUGAGCGAGACGGCUUUGACAGCACCCAGCUACACACAGAAAUGGCGGAGGGGGAGUUGGACGUUGACUCGUUGAUCUCCAGACUCUUGGAGGUGCGGGGAUGUCGCCCUGGGAAGAUCGUGCAGAUGACGGAGGCGGAGGUGCGGGGCCUGUGCAUCAAAUCCAGAGAGAUCUUCCUCAGCCAGCCAAUACUGUUGGAGCUAGAGGCGCCACUCAAAAUCUGUGGCGACAUUCACGGACAGUACACAGACCUCCUGCGGCUGUUUGAGUACGGAGGCUUCCCCCCGGAGGCGAAUUACCUGUUCCUGGGCGACUACGUGGACCGAGGGAAGCAGUCGCUGGAGACCAUCUGCCUGCUGCUGGCCUACAAGAUCAAAUACCCCGAGAACUUCUUCCUGCUGAGGGGCAACCACGAGUGCGCCUCCAUCAACCGCAUCUACGGCUUCUACGACGAGUGCAAGCGACGAUUCAACAUCAAACUGUGGAAGACCUUCACUGACUGCUUCAACUGCCUGCCCAUCGCCGCCAUCGUGGACGAGAAGAUCUUCUGUUGCCAUGGAGGGCUCUCUCCUGACCUGCAGUCCAUGGAGCAGAUUCGCCGCAUCAUGAGACCCACAGACGUGCCUGACACCGGGUUGCUGUGUGACCUGCUGUGGUCAGACCCCGAUAAGGACGUUCAAGGCUGGGGUGAGAAUGACCGCGGCGUCUCCUUCACCUUCGGCGCGGACGUGGUCAGCAAGUUCCUCAACCGUCACGACCUGGACCUCAUCUGUAGAGCACACCAGGUGGUGGAGGAUGGCUAUGAGUUCUUUGCAAAGAGGCAGCUGGUCACCCUGUUCUCUGCCCCUAACUACUGCGGGGAGUUCGAUAACGCAGGGGGGAUGAUGAGCGUGGAUGAGACACUCAUGUGCUCCUUCCAGAUCCUGAAGCCCUCUGAGAAGAAAGCCAAGUACCAGUACGGGGGCAUGAAUUCGGGGCGCCCCGUCACCCCGCCCCGCACAGCCGCCCCUCCCAAGAAACGGUGAAGCGAGGGAGAGGAAGGAGAGCGAGGGACGGACGUGCGGAAGAGUGAGACUCCUGUGGCAUUCCUCACAGAGCAACCACGAAAGGCCUGAAGAAACGUGUGUGUGAUUUUAAGAUGAACCCACCGCCCCCCACCCCCCCCCAC